UCCUGUGGACUCUCAGUCUUCUUUCCGUCAUCGCCAUGUCGAAACCGAAAUAUGCUGAAAAACAUGCGGUCGUUGAGUCCGAGGACUACGGCUCUAUGUUCGCCAAGUUUUGCGAAUCCUCCACCAUUCAUGGUACUUAUUUUUGGGGCGAAUCUCGAUCAACCUUGGGCAAGAGCUUUUGGGUUUUGAUUGUACUCUUUGGCGUCAUCAGUGCAGCAUUGAUUAUUAACAAUAGCUUCAUUGCUUGGAAAGACAAUCCAGUAAUCACGUCGGUCACUCAAAUCCCAAUUGAACAGGUGCCAUUUCCUUCCGUGACCAUUUGUCCAAUAGGAGACACCAGGUUUGGUUUUCCCGAAUUUGUUGCGAAUACCCGUCCCACUCCGGAUGGACUCAACACUGGACUGGCUAUGAUAAAGGCACUCUCGCUUAUUCACACUUCAAGGCGAACCAGACAACAUCAGAUAAAGGGCCCUUCUUUCAGCAACUCUGGAUCAACAGACAGACCCUCGUUUGAGAAUUCGCAAACCACGACUCAAGCCAAGGCGAACUAUCCGUCUGAGCCCGACACUUUUCCGGGGGAUAAGAACCCGAAUGAAAUUCGCUGGAAUGAUGAAGCUGCUGAUGGUGGUGGAGGAUUUCGAGAUGAUUUCCAAGGCGACUGGGAAGAGGAUUGUUUUAUAAUUUAUUGCCAAGCCAGACGUGGAAAUCUGACUUACACCACACAUGGAAGUGGUCGGGCGGACUCAGUUUCCGUCAAUGAGCCCCAGGCAUCAGCUCACAACUGCACAUUAAUCAACGAAUUUGAGACACUCUUGAAUUCGAUUAGGUUGGGGCCCACCAGUGAGUACUCGGACAACGAUGAUAGUUACGGUGCAAGUGGUAAUCGUAGUACUCGUGAGCGAGGAGAGGCAAAUUAUGGUCAAAAGAUCGUCCAAAUGAUCUACGAGCGAUUAGGCUUAGCACCCCUGACGGAGAUUAAUAUGACGAGAUUGGAAGGAGAUCCCCUCAGAAUGUUUCCAACCUUGGGAAUGGGGACCGGACCAGAGAAUUUACCGACAUGUGCCGAGAUAAGGGAAGAUCUAGCCUUUCUCAAGGAUCUGGACAGCUUCCUUGGUGGGCCCAGCAAUGCUCUUGACCUAUCCCAAACCCCGCCAGGAUCAAUUAUGAGCUGGGUCUUCGCUCAUUUGCCGGAUAAUGAAAAUGCAACACAUCUUUAUCAUCACUUUUUUCCGCGGAGUAAAUUCCCGGAAUUGUACAGUGAAGCCUAUGGAACAUUCGAGGACAUGCCAUUGCCAGACUUGGUCCAUUAUCUCAACGAUCACGGCGAGAUAGACUCCGCUCGAUUGUCGAACAUCACUAAUCACUUCCGACUCAAUUUGACGAAGACGCUUUUGAAUGUGAUGCGAUUUUCCAUUCAUCCCCCUCAUGUGGCAGAGGUCCAGGAGGACUUUUCCAUUCGGCAAAUGCCACAACCCCUUUUUCCAUUCUGUUGGUUUAGAGAUCAGCUGGACUCUGGCAUCAAGUAUGGGCCCUACGACGAGCACUAUUGCCAUUCAUUCCAAACCACUUUUAACGAUCAUGGUCUUUGUUACACUUUCAAUAACUUUGACUUAGGGUUUGACGACCGAGCAACCAACGAGGCGGUGCAAGUCCGCAAGGUCCAAGGUUGUGGGAAAAGCAAAGGCUUGCGUGUAAUCAUCGACAACCACAAGUUUGCCACUUUGGGUAGCCGGAAUACGCCAGGCAGUAAGUUCCAGGUGUACGUAACCGUCCCGGGUGUGGUUACGCACAAGGUGCCAUUUAAGAUGGACCCCACUUAUCACGGGGAACAUUCCAUCUAUUUGCAUGGCAUCCACUACAUUGACUCAUCCAUCCAGUUCAAGGCCUGGAACAAGGACAUGAAGGCUUGCUACUUUCCGGAUGACAGGCAAUUGAAUUAUUUCUCCAUCUACACCCAAGAUAAUUGCUUGUUGGAAUGCCGCCUCAACAAGAUUGCUCUGAUUUGCCAAUGCGCUCCAUGGUACCUGAACCAAACACAGUUUCCAGCGUGUGGUCUGUCGGGUAAUGAGUGUUUCAGAGAAAAUUUGGCCAAUUAUCAAGAUGAUUUGCAAGAUAGGACAGACUGCGAUUGCAAGAACGACUGCGAGGGGAUACACAUAUUUUCCACCAUGAAUCGGUAUUCUUAUUCAGAUACCACCGCCACAGAUUCGGAUCUGUGGUGGGAUGCGAAGACGAAAACCGGACGAUUGGCCAACUAUCUGCUCGAUCCUGAACACCUGUUUAUGGAUCCUUGGACCAAAAACUUAACCAAGAUGAUGCAUGAUCUGGACGACUCGGAGUUGGCCACAAAACGAUUCCGCGAGGACAUUUCAGUGUUGAACUUUUUCUUUGAUACGCCCAUCAUCACUCGAAUCACCCAAGAAAUGAGAAUCACCGUAUUUGACCAAAUCUCGGCUGUUGGAGGCACUUUGGGUCUUUUCACGGGAGUCUCUCUCAUCACUUUUGCCGAGGUCUUUUAUUGGCUUCUGCGGUUCAUUUUUGCCAGCGGUAGGCAAAGAUUUCUCAGAUCGCAAGAUGUGGUCCAACCUCUGUCAGCGACACACCCAAAGAGCCGCCUACAUGCCAAUAAGGAGCCGGAUCUCGGCCCAUUUGGCAAUAACUUUCAGUUUUAAGAUGGAUACAGUAGCUCUCUCAUAGAUUGCGCUAUUAAUGAAUGAAGAAGCCGUGCUCCAUAUUAUGCGUGUGUAGGAAAUAGCAUGAUUUUGUUGGGAUUUUCAAACUGCGGAUGUACCAAAUUAUGUGGGGAAUUCAAUUCAACUUUUAUUAUCAACACAUCAUCUGAUUGUUAAUACACCAAAUUGUUUGGUUAGAUGGCCGAAGGCAGGAUACAAUCAGACUGUAGUCAAGAUUCUCGUUGUCGUGCCAAGAGUGAGGGAGAGGCGGAUUAGAUUUCACAUGGAAGUACAACUUACAAGUCUCACCUAUCCCGAAUUAGACUACGAUGCAGUAAGACAUGCAUACCCGCCAUUGCUUGUAUUUUCUCGUUUGAUCGCUCCUCGUUCAAGCUUCAGAGCGUGUGGUGCGUGCGCAUGUUUUUAGACACGCGGCCUUGAAUCUGUCUCCAUGUGCCACAAAGUGCAUAUUUUGUUUUCAAUCAAACAUCUCUUCGAGUCCAAUCAGGUUUGCUGGACAGGAAAGAAAACGAUGGAUAGAAUAGGACAUGAACUUCUAGAAAUUUGGACUGUGAACGAACUUCCCGCCAAAUGGACCUGCUCUUAUAAAUGGCAAUUCUGAGCCACUUUUCGCAUUAAAAUAAUGAAAUAAGAAACGUAGAGCUCUUCAAUUAAAGGCAGGUCAAUUUUUAUAUUAUUCACUUGUAAAGUUUCAGAGUGAUGUUGUCAA